AGAAGAAAACGUAUGAGGAAGUGAGGCACCGUAAAUAAACUCGGACCUUGGCAGUAGUAUGGAGAGCCCAGAGUUGUCGUUUACUUUGGCCUACAUCGUCCUCUCCUUCUGUUUCGUGUUCACACCCAAUGAGUUCCGCUCGGCCGGCCUCACCAUCCAGAAUCUGUUUUCGUCGUGGCUGGGCAGCGAGGACGUGGGCUUCAUCCAGUAUCACGUUAGAAGGACCAGCAUCACCAUUCUGGUUCACUCCGCGCUGCCUUUAGGUUACUACAUGGGAAUGUGUGUCGCUGCUCCAGAAAAAAACCUGGUUAACAUUUACCAGGUUAGUGACAACUGGAGAGCGUUUCUCCUUCUGUCUCUCUGCCUCCAGUUGGUCAGUUGGAUAAUUGUCUUCUACUGGUCCCGGCGUCGCUGGCACAAUCAUCCAAUCAGUAAGGUGCUGCAGGCCCAUGUGCAGCCCCCUUUCUCCAGCUGGGGCUCUGUGGCAGUCAGCAUCAACACCGAGUUCAGACACAUAGAUAAGUUUGCUACAGGAGCACCGGGAGCUAGAGUCAUCGUCACUGACACCUGGGUGUUAAAGGUGACCACGUAUCACAUUUACAUGGCCCUGCAGAGCGAUUGCCACGUCACAGUGACAGAGUCCACACAGCACCACCUGAGUCCGGAUUCAGCCUCGCCCACAGAGAUCCUGACCCUGAGAGUUGACAGCAUUAACCCUGCUGUCACACCAUUCAAUAUCAAGUAUGUGUUGUCUCGACAAAACGGCACAUCUCGUGUCAAAACAAAGAGAAAUCAAAUCGUCUUUCCCACUCGUUCCAGGCUCAACUCUACGGAGUACGCAGAGCUCCGGGAGAAGCUCCAGGCUCCCAUCAGAAACUCUCCUAAUGUGGUGAUCCAUCAAACGCUCAGUGAACUCUUUUUGGAAACGUUCAAGGCUCAGGUGGACCUCAAUCAGCCGUACGCCCUCCCCCACGGACAGGAGUUAGAGCCCUGUAUCGGCUGCAUGCAGGUUCCAGCAAACGCCAAACUGGUCACGCUUUGCCACGAAGCAGAGACCGAUGAUGACGAUUCAGACUGCCAGCAGUGUCACUGCAGACCCAUGUGGUGUCUGUUGUGUCUGGGUCGAUGGUUCGCCAGCCGUCUAGAUGAGCAGACACCGGAGACGUGGUUGUCCAGCAGGGUUCCCUGCCCUACUUGUAGAGCCAAGUUCUGUAUUCUGGAUGUGUGCGCAGUCCGAUGACGGGCACACAUCUCCCCCCACACUGACUUUUAAUGUUUCGAAUGUUGACCAAGGGUUUCUGCUCAACAUCCUCCAACCAGAGCGGCACCUGGACUGGAUGUGGUCGUGUUCUAUUUCUGCUUUUAUGGAAACGAAAUAAAAACAAUUCUAUGAAGUAUCAUUUAUUUCAUAUUUAUAUGUUGUUACAGCACCAAAUCUUCUCAUGAAGGGCCCUUUCUGCAUCUUUUCUUAUGCAGCGUAGCAACAAAUAUGAAAUAAGUAAACAUGAAAAGUUUUAAAUGGAACAUGUUGUGACAUUUAUCAUGUAAGGGCAAAAUUCUGAUUACUGUGAUGUGGAGCGAAUGUAUGAAUUUACAGUUUAAUAAAGUUUAACUCAACUUGGUUUAUAUUUUAAAUGUUUGUAUGAAUACCAAAUAUUGAAAAUGGGUGUAAAUAAUAAAUGUACUGAUAUGGAAGGAAACCUCGCAGACAUGGAUAAAACCUGCUGCCUGCAGUGGAUUAACCGAUGCCUGGAAACGGGUCACACAUCCAGUCAGUGCCAGUCUUUCAUUAAGUAUUUGCAUAUCUGAGGCCCGACACUGAGCUAAAGCUACACUGCAUAUAACACAAGUUUAGUUCAGUUGUGUGUUCAUGAUCACUCAGUUUGUAUACAGUGAAACCCUCACCGUGAUCACCUGACUUUGUUUUUCAAAUGUAUUUGAGAAAAAUAAUACAACAGAUG